UAUUAUUAAAAAAAUAAACAAUGCAAGCAAGCCUUAAAUAGAGGUCCUGUAUUGAUUUUUAAAAUUAUGCAAUUUUUGAUAAAACAAGUAAAAUAGUAAUCAUUUUGUGUAAAAAAUAAGAGCUUAAGUUAGCUGCUAUGACCAUGUCUCAGAAAUUUAUGAAUAAUUCAGAAAAUACCGGCCGAGUAACAAGGCCAUCGUUAGCACAGCUUAAAGCUGUUGUAAACUUCAUUGAGCAAUAUCCAGAGUUAGCUCAAAGAAAGCUUCAAUGUAGAAUAAGCAAUGAGAAGUUUCAGCAAUUAUGGUCAAAUCUCUCGAAUAUUGCAAAUUCUAUUGACGGAGCCCGUAAAACCGUUCGUGGUUGGAUAAAAUUUUGGUCUGAUAAGCGAAGGAGUGUUACAUUAAAAAAUAGACAAAUAAAGCAAGGAAAAGUGCAAGAUAGGCUAACGGCAUUAGAACAGAGAAUUCUUAAAUUAUGCACAGGUGUAAAAGCUAAGAAAAAUAAAGAAAUGAAACAAGAACCUUGUAACGGAGAUGAAAGUUCAAUGGAUGAUGAUUACCUAAAAAAUGGUGAUAUCCCUAAUGGUGAUGUCAAGUUGCUGCCAACUGAAUGUGAUGAAAGGAAUUUUAAUGUAAUGGAUACAAUGAUUGAUGCAAUGAGCAAACAAGCAAUGGCUGUAUCGCAGCUGGCGCAAGCAUCUUUAGCUCAUUCAAAAGCAAUGCAGCAAAUAGCUGAAGCAUCACACAAGCAAGCCCUGGCUGCUGACAGACUUGCUACCACAUUUGAAAGUAUAUGUGGAUCUGCUUAUGAAGUGAGAAAUGCAAUAAUGGGAAUAAACUACACUAUAAAGGGAUGUUAUUCGGCGAAUGCUCAAAAUAGACAAAACUCUAACCUAUUCAGUUAAUCCAUAGUGUACUGAGUAAUACAAUUAUGUUAUUAUGUUAUUGAAUAAUAUGAAGAUGUAUUUAUUUUAAAUAUUUGAUAGGUUUUUUAAUCAUUAUAGACUGAUAAACAUUUUCAAAAGUAUUAUUAGGAUAAGAUUUAUAAUAUUUUAUUUUAUGUACAAUGAUAUUGGUACAUCUUAUUCCACAUAGGCAAUACACGUCUAUGACUCAUAAAUGUUAUCUGUUAUACGAUAAUAUAUUUUUUGUGUAGCAUUUAUUUUUUCUUUUGAAAAUUAAAAAACGAUUGUAGUAAAGGAGUUGCCCUCCUACGUCAUUAGGUACACACAAUUCACAAUUACCUCUAUCAACGUACGUAUUUAAUAUAGCUGUAUCAUUAUUUUAGUAUCAAUAUAGCUAUGUAUAAAUGAGGUAAAGACCCAAAUGAAAUUAAUUUUUGUAACAAAUGUAUUUCGUGUAAUAGUGAAUAAAACGUUUACUG